CCGCAAGGGGCGGGGCGGGGCGGGGCGGGGCGGGGCGGGGCGCCUGUACCAGAUUCUGCGCCCACGGGACGCACUGGCAGGCCAUGGAGGCUCGGGGCCAGUGCUACCAGUUUCGUGUCCUGCUGCUCGGGGACGCGGGAGUGGGCAAGACAGCGCUGCUGCAGCGCUAUGUGGCGGGCGCGGGGCCCGGGGCGGAGGCCGAGGUCGAGACGGAGCCCACCGUGGGCGUCGAGUUCUACAGCCGCGCGCUGCAGCUGCCGGCUGGACCGUGCGUGAAGUUGCAGCUCUGGGACACCGCGGGCCAGGAGCGCUUCAGGUGCAUAACCAGGUCUUUCUACCGGAACGUGGCCGGCGUCCUGCUGGUCUAUGAUGUGACGAACAGGAGGUCCUUUGAACACAUCCAAGACUGGCAUGCAGAGGUCCUAGCUACUCAGGGCCCCAAAGUGAUCUUCCUGCUGGUCGGCCACAAGAGUGACCUGCAGAGUAGCCGCUGCGUCUCCCCGCAGGAGGCAGAAGCACUGGCUGCCUCCCUGGGCUCGGCCUUCAUAGAAACCUCAGCCAGAAACAGCUGCAGUGUGGAGCUGGCCUUUGACACCCUCACGGAUGCCAUCCUUCAGGCCCUGCAGCGGGGGGACAUGGAGCUGGAAGAGGACUGGGGGGGUGUCCGGCUCAUCCACAAGGCCCAGGUGCCCAGAUCCCCCGUCAAGGAGCCUCAGCACCCAGGCCCAUGCCAGUGUUGAUCUGGGAGAGAGUUCUAAUCUCACACACUCAGUGGGACAGGAACAACUGUACUGGGGGGGAGGGGCAAAUGACAGGUCAGUAGUAUCUUCACUUGGUCCUGCCUCCUGGAUUUGGAGGUCUCACUCCUUUCCUUGCUGGGGAAAGGGCUAAGAGGCGAGGUAUAUAUUCCCCGUCCUUGAGCCUUGGUUUCAUUUGUCAAUGGAACUCAUGAAAGAUCCCACUGCUCGGGGAGGUUGUUGUCCUCACCUUCCUGCACUUAUGAGUGAGAUAAAGGGCAGAGCGGGCUCACUCAGAGCCUGCCACACUGAGAACUGAACAAGAACUGGUCCCGCAUUCCUUUCUGGCGGUGACGCUGCUGUUUCUGGCAGCAUCCAGCGCCCAGGGCUGAGCUAUUUGGCAUCUGGACAGCUGUCCUGGGGAGGACCAUGUGGGGGUUUUCCAGUGUGAGCUUGGCUUGGAGGCUCCCUCUUUUUUUGGAAACAGGGUCUUGCUAUGCAGUUCAGGCU